AUAUGUUUGUCGGGUCUUCAUGUUAGUUUGGGCCAAAUCAAAAUAAACGGAUGUGUUAAGUAUCUAACGUGGGCUGAGUUUCAGAGUGUUUUUUAUUCUCGCUGUGGAUAUUAUUUACAGAUUGUCUUUUCUGCAAUAAAGUAGUCUGCAGAGAGUGGCCUGUCGUGGUCGACAGCUAGCAGAUUGUUAAUUUCAUUAUAAAUGUCUAUUGACAUUCAUAAUGAAUGUUUGAUAGAGUGUCACGGAGAGAUUAUCGACCUUAUUUAAAUAGUAAAUGCAUUAACACAGCUUUCAUUACUAAUGCUAGCCCAUAUUUAAAUUGGUUCUUUUCAUAAUAAUGAUUUCAAGCUCAAGAUAACUGGAUGGACCGGAUAACUGCUGAUGGAUUUGUCUGUCUGAUGCAACAUUAUAUCAAUGCUUUAGCAACUGUCCCAUGUUAUGAAUUAACAUCCAUAUAAAUUACAUCCACGUGAAAAACAAAUGCCAAUAAGUUGUUUAUCAAUAGAACUAGCCUAAUUGUUUAAAUUGUCUACUGGUAUGCCCUUCAAUGUUACACAGGUGGGAACAAGACUACAGGAGCUGUGGUUAAUAUUAGACCGUCUCUUACUUUAAUGAGCCCAAACAGUCUGCUCUGUUAGAUGUGGAUUGUGAAACGAUAGAAGCAAAGCAACCGGUUGAAAGUGAACAUGAACAAUUAAAAACAGUUUUAUUUAAAUGUUUUCCAGCAAACAUACAUGCCAUCCUCCACUACCUAUCAUUAUACUGCAUACAAGCAACAGAAUAUUCCUUCUCUUCCAUUUCCCUCUUUUCUCCCUACUGUUGCAUGUACAAUAUAGAAAUACAGUUGAACAGAAGAAAAGGGGGGUGUCAACAAGUUCAACACUGACAUCUACACAAACUAACACUAUUAUAAACAACAUAUUGCAACAUGUUGUAAGUAAUGUAACAUUUGAAAUGAAGAUUUAAAUGUACUGCAAUGACAUUUAUUGAAGCAGUUUUCAUUGAUCUGUCUGUUUGGCACCUCAGAUUAAGUAAACUCUGUCAUGCCAAAGACAGUGUGUCUGGAGUAUCAAGAUGAAGAAAUGAGGUGCAAUGACUCAAAAUCGUCAAUCUGUCUCUCACAAUUAUUCUGUAUGUUUCCCUCUGCCACCUUUCUUCUCCGUGUCCCCUCAGCCGGUUCUGUGUUUAUGUGUCGGCUCUGCAACCUCUUCUCUCCCAGUCGCGCCCAGCUGCUGGCCCAUUGCUCCUCGCUGCACGUCAAGCAGGAGCCGCCUGAAGACAUCAUCAUUGCUCUGCAGCCUCUUGCAGGAGAGCUUGUGGAGACGUUGGCAGAGAGCCCAGUGAAGCGAAAACGAGGACGACCGAAAGGCUCGACAAAGAAGACGCGCACAGAUUUGACAGAAGGCAAGGCCGACUCUACCCAGUCUAAUGUUCAAAGAGAAGAAGAAAGGAACAAGGAGGAGGGAGACGAACAAUGCAGCUCAGCACAAGGCGAAAGCCAUGACGGGAUAUUGGGGCUUGAAUGUAGAGUGUGCCACCGCUCGUUCAGCAACAGACGACAGAUUCGCAAACACAUCUGCCUGAGAGAGGAGGAGGAGGAGGAGGAGGACGAAGAGGAGAAUGGAAGCAUCUGUGGUGGAGCAGGAACCGAGGGUUCUGGGAGUCUGCAUCCUGGGGGAGCAGAUCCAAACCAAAAGCCAGCAAAACCAGGACUCGUGAGAGAAAAAGACGUGGGCAGCUUCAGACACCCGAGAACCAAUCGAAGCCGCACCUCCAAAGAAGCAGGGCUGGCAACGGGAAACAAAAAGUCGGUCAUCAGUGUUGUUCUGACAGAAGAUGAAACAUUUCCAGGUGUUUGUAAAAUGGUUCCAGUAGAGGACAAUUCAGCAGAGACAGAGUCUUCGGCCAUCCAACCUCAGCGGUCUGCAGUUUUCCAGAGUCAGUCACAAGACCUUGCAAGUGAAGCCACUGCCUGCGAGGGGAACCCUGAAACGGACCAGGAGCCAAGCAGUGGGAUCCCUUUGUCCAAAACAACAGCAGCAGCCAGCAGAGGCUUCCAGGAAUAUUCUAUCAAGCAAGAUGCUACAAAUCUACUUCAGAGCCAGUUGAAGAUCUUUGCCUGUGAGUUCUGUAACAAGAUCUUUAAAUUCAGACACUCACUGAUGGCUCACCUCAGGACACACACCCAGGAGAAACCUUUUCAGUGUCCACACUGUGACUACGCAUCAGCCAUCAAAGCCAACCUGAAUGUUCACCUGAGGAAGCACACAGGAGAGAAGUUCAGCUGUCAGCACUGUCCUUUCAACUGCCUCAGCCCAGGACACCUCAAGGUCCACAAUGAGCGAGUCCAUCUGAAGGUGAAGCAGCACUGCAGCUUCUGUGUUAAGAAAUACUCCGAUGUAAAGAACUUGCUGAAACACAUUGAGAAGCGACAUAACAUGAAAGACCCCGCUAUCUUCCAGAGCUUCCAGCAACUAAGGUUGAAGACUCGUCAGGGCCUCAGACAGCUCCUCUACCACUGUCCCACCUGUAACCGGCGCUUUAAGAACCAGCUGGAGCGGGAGCGCCACCUGCUGGUCCACGGGCCCCAGCGUCCCUUCGCCUGCCUCAUCUGUGAUCAUGCUGCGACAAAGAUGGCCAGCCUGGCCGCCCAUGUCAAGAAGCACCUCUUCCUAUACAUGUGCUGUGUGUGUGACGGGAAGUUUGUCAGCUCCCAGAGACUGAGGAGUCAUUUGAAAGAGUCUCACCAGGAGCUUGACCAGGAGCAGGCCUUCACAGACUGCAUCAACAGCAGCUACUAUCUGCUACAGCCUGGAGGAGGCAUGUGGGGCGAUGAGGAGAGGGAAGAUGUAGAGAAAGGGAUGAAGGGAGGUCCAAGGAUGGAGCAGGAGGGUGAAGAUGAGAGGAUGAGUGAGGAGGGUAGAAGAAAUGGUGUUGGAGGGGAGGAGUGCCGAGAUGGGGAAGUGGAGCGGCUGAAAGUAGCAGCGAGCGAAGAUGGGGAGCAAGAGGAAGAACAAGCUAAAUCUCAGGGUGAGAGAGCAGAAGAUGUGCCGGGGAAAGAAGGAGAGUUAGAAAACGGAAGCGAACAGCAAUGUUCCCAAGAUCAGCUCCAUCAAGCUAUUUCUACAGAAACCACAACUCCCUCUGACAGACGGGAUGAAGCAACAGCUGGGGAAAAGUCCCAGGACAACACGGCAGACACAUGCACCCCUGCAGCUGGAGAUGACACGCAGACUUUCUUAUCACCAGAGAGCAGUCACACCCCUCUGUUGGAGAAUCGGACUCCAGAAAACACACACCCAGCUGAUGAGAAAACACAGACACGUUUGUCGUCAGCAACUUCAGGGGACGAUUCUCAAACUCCACCUCCAGAAAGUGUGUCGGAGGUUUUCCAUCAGAGUGCGUUCCAGCAGGUGAUCUCAUCACUUCAGAAGACUCGGCUCAGUAUGGAGUCUUUCCAACGGCUCAGGAAAAUUUACGGAGACCUGGAAUGUCAAUACUGUGGUAAACUGUUCUGGUACAAGGUCCACUAUAACGUCCAUGUACGCACGCACACCAAGGAGCACUCGCAUUACUGUUCAAAGUGUAGCUACUCGUCCAUCACCAAGAGCUCUUUGAAGCGACACCAGAUCCAGAAGCACAGCGGUUUGCUGCUGCCUUGCUCCAACCCUGGCUGUAAAUACACCACACCUGACAAAUACAAACUUCAGGCCCAUUUGAGGACACACCAGGAACAGGGGAAGAGUGUGACUUGUCCUAUCUGCCAGCAGAGCUAUCCAGAGCACAGACUAAAACACCACAUCAAAACAUCCCACCCCGACACACUACCUUCGCAGGGCAAAGGACUGAUGGUUCAACGUGCAGAGAAGUGCCCCUACUGUGACUCCUACUUCCUGAAGAACAGCAGUGACUUUCAGCGGCACAUCUGGGCCCACCAAGGUUUGAAGCCAUACGUCUGCAGUGUGUGCGACUAUGCGGGCCGCAGUCGGAGUAACCUGAAGACUCACAUGAACCGACACAACACAGAGAGACGUCACCUCUGUGAUCUGUGCGGUAAAAAGUUCAAAUCUAAAGUCACGCUCAAAAGCCACAGGCUAAGCCACUCAGAUGAAGGGAAGCGGUUUCAAUGUUCAGAGUGUGACUUCACCUCAGUCUCCAAACCUUCCUUGCUCAGACACAUGGAGCAACACGCUGAGUUUAAGCCUUUUCGCUGUGCCCACUGCCACUACUCCUGUAACAUCGCUGGUCCCCUGAAGCGACACUACAACAUGAAACACCCAGAUCAGAAAUAUCAGAAUGCCGGACCUGGAGUGCCUAACCCUGAUGCUCUGAAACAGCAAGGUGGUAUGAAGUGUCCUGAAUGUGAAUUUGUUUAUGGCACCAAGUGGGAGCUGAACCGCCACCUGAAGAGCAAGCACAGCCUGAAAGUGGUGGAAGGCACCUGGGAGGUGGGGGAGACAGUAGAGGCCCAGUUCAUACCUGUGGAGGAUGAAGAGCAGCUGACAGAAGUAUCUGUAGCGUCCCUGCAGGACAACGUUGAUAUCCAGCAGAUCACCGAGUUCAAUUCAGAGACUCACAACGCCGUCACCUCCAUGGUCGCCAUGGCUCCAGGCACUGUCACCGUUGUACAACAGUUGCAGGUGGCUGACGAGCAGGAGGGCGGCGAGUGCACAAACCAGCUGAUGGUGGUGAAUGCAGACGGGGAUAUAACUGGUGACCAGGUGAUGGUUGUGGAGGACGCACACGGCCUGGAGGCCCUGACAGUCCUCACCCAGGGAGACAACACUCACCACUAUAUCGUCUACGUCCAGGAACACACUGUAGAAAUCAACUAGUAAUGCCAGCAUGUCAACAUCUGCUGGUUCAUCAGUGUCAGCAGAUCUGUUUACAAAAGGGAAGUAACAUCAAAUGUACAAUUGGGCAAUGCAUUCAGGAUUUAGUGAAUGUUUCCAUGUCAUCAUUAGGAACUUCCUUAAUCAGAUUUAUUUUUCAGUGACUUCAUAAUUAUGAAAACCAUAAGUGCAAUAACUGUUUGUGUGAUUAUGUGACAUAUUUUGUACUGACAAAGUAUAUUUGAAUAAACCCUUGUCCUGAACUGCUCGAUGCACUGGCUUCUUUUUCUAAAAACAACAAAUCUCCAAGUUGUUCAGAUCAGUUUUUACUCAAAAUGUUUUU